AUGGCUAGUGAGAAGAAUAACUGCUUUAAAGUCUCUAGAGUAGGGAUCAUUGGGGCUGGUAUAAGCGGCAUAGCAGCGGCGAAACAGCUUUCCGGUUACAAGCCGGUAGUGUUUGAGAGCACAGAUUCAAUUGGGGGUGUCUGGAAGCAUUGUUCCUACAAAUCAACUAAACUUCAGACCCCUCGAUGUGAUUACGAGUUCUCAGACUUCCCUUGGCCGGAGAGAGAUAACUCCACCUUCCCUACUUAUUCUGAGAUACUGGUUUACUUGCAUGACUAUGCUACUCACUUUGAUGUUCUCAAGUACGUGAAGUUCAACUCAAAGGUGGUGGAGAUCAGGUUCACUGGUGACCGGGAAACUACCAAUUUCGGUGGUAAUCCGGGACACUAUGGAAACCUGCUCAGUGGUCGGCCGGUUUGGGAGGUCGCUGUGCAGACCAAACACUCGGAGAUCCUUCAGUGGUAUGCUUUUGAGUUUCUCGUGGUAUGUAGCGGAAAGUAUGGGGAUGUCCCUAUGAUGCCAAGAUUCCCACAUAACAAAGGUCCUGAUGUGUUCCAUGGGAAGGUGUUGCAUUCCCUUGAUUACUCCAAGCUCGACGAGGAAGCCGCAUCCGAACUACUCAAAGGAAAGAAGGUUGUAAUCGUCGGCUACAAGAAGUCUGCAAUUGACUUGGCUGUUGAGUGUGGAGAAGCAAACCAAGGACCAGAAGGACAACCAUGCACUAUGGUGAUAAGGACACUUCAUUGGACUGUUCCUUCAUAUUGGAUCUGGGGGUUGCCUUUUUUCUUGUUCUAUUCCACCAGGUCUUCGCAGUUUCUACAUGAAAGACCCAAUCAAAGCUUGCUUAAGACUCUCCUUGGCCUCCUCGUAUCUCCACUGAGGAGAGGGAUUUCAAAAUUCAUAGAAACGUAUCUGGUGUGGAAGCUUCCACUGAUCAAGUAUGGGUUGAAACCAGAUCACCCCUUCGAAGAGGAUUACGCAUCAUGCCAGAUGGCAAUCUUGCCAGAUAACUUCUUCUCUCUGGCGGAUCGGGGACUGAUUUCUUUCAAGAGGACAUCAUCAUCAUCAUCAUCACCAUCCAAUAAAUGGUGGUUCUACAACGGAGGGCUCCAAUUCGAAGAUGGCACCAAGCUCGAUGCUGAUGUUGUGCUUCUUGCCACUGGUUUUGAUGGUAAAAGCAAGUUGAAGUCUUUGUUGCCUGAGCCUUUCCGUAGUUUAGUCGAGGACUCCUCUGGCAUCAUGCCUUUAUACAAGGGCACAAUUCACCCUUUAAUACCACAUAUGGCAUUCGUGGGGUUCGUGGAGAGUCUCUCGAACCUGCAUACGGCAGAGAUGCGGUGCAAAUGGAUGGCUCGUCUGGUCGAGAAUCAAUUCAAGCUCCCUAGUGUGGAGAAGAUGCUGGAGCAAACAACCCAAGAAAUAGAAGUUAUGAAGAGGACUACUAGGUUCUAUAAGAGGCAUUGCAUUUCCACUUUCAGUAUCAACCACAGCGACGAGAUAUGCGAAGAGAUGGGGUGGAGAUCAUGGAGGAAGAAGAAUUGGUUCUUAGAAGCCUUCAGUCCUUACAAUAGCCAAGACUAUGAAGAAGAGAAAUGAACCAAAGUCAUUACUUGUGUCACCACCUAAUAAUUUAUAUUAUUGUUAUUAUUGAUCCUUAUGUAGCCUCAAGGAAAGGGUUAGUUAUUUAUUAAUUACGUAUCUUC